AUGAUCAAGGGAAUCUUCUACAGCAAAUUCGACACACAAGAGGGCCCUAAAGUCGUCCACCAAGUCCCAGAUGGAGCCAUCGCUCCCUCCUCCACCGCACCGUCACAACCCCUCUACCUGACCUUCUCCGACAUCUCGUUCUUCGUGAUUCCCCGCCAGGAGCUCUGCGGAAACCUGCUUCAGGUGUGCACAAAUGGAUACCGUAUCUUAGGCUACCCAAUUUGCAUGAAGUCCGCUCGCUACGAUCGCAAUGAGUUCAUUUUCAAUUUCUGUCUCGUCUUGUCCGAAGAGGAUGAUUUUAGCACAUACAAAAGCGUGGUGCGGAAGCUAGCCGACUUGAUGCACGCUCUAGAGGAGCAGAACGGUUUCUUGUCGCGCGACUUUUCCAAAGGCGGCGAGGGGAAGGUACAUAGUCUCUGUGAAAUGCUGAUGGAAGAUCUCAACAAUUAUUGCGAGUGCAUGAUUCCAAUUGACGAGCUUAACACGUUGAACAUAAAGCUCUUUCCAAUAUAUCCUUCCCCACCGGCUGUCAAGGCCUGGUAUGUCCCACUCUUCACAGUACGGUACCAGGCCUUUAUGGACGAGAACUGGGACUUGACCAUGCAACGAGUCGUUCCGCAUAUCAACGGUGUCAAUAGCAUCCGUGUUAUCUCAAACCUCGCAGACACCGACUUCUCCCUCACCUGUCGCGCAAUCCGCCACCUCCUCUACUAUGGCUGUGUCUUCCUACUCGACAUCUUCUCUUUCUCAGCCAUCUACGCCCCAACAGCCCAAUAUAACAUCACCAUCGCCUCAGACGAAGCAAUGCAACUCGAAUGUGCCCGCUACGUUAAUACCCGCUUCGCACCUCAUAGCCCAAUGGCACCCCCAACCUCCAUCCCUCCACCAACAGCCGCCAUCGCCGCAAGCAACGGUAGCAACACAACCAUCAGCGCAAUGCCCCUCGCAAGCCCCCUCACCGACCACGCCCCCAGUCUAUCCCGCGACGAAUCCCGCUUCGACGCCGAAGAAAUCUGGCCUGUAAUAGGCGACCCAGAAGACAAACACAGCUCGGAAACAACAAACCCCACCCAACAAGGUCCAUCCGUCGUCGACGGCGUAGGCAUAGUAGAGCUCUACGCCGCACUAAAACAAGGCCAGAGUAUUAAACAAUGGUACUCACAACACAGCCGGGAACUUGCAAACAUCGACAUCAGACGCUUCAUUACCUUCGGCGUGAUAAAAGGCUUUUUGUACCGUGUGCACAAAUACGCUUGUGCGACAGGUCAACCUGCGCCCGCGACGCGGAAUCCUUCUCCACUCGUUCCUGGGACUGCUGCGGGGACGAAUGUGCCGAAUACCCCGGCGUAUUUAUCGACUGGGCCUUCGUCGCGUGCUACGACGGGGAAUAACACGCCGUAUGCAACUAGUGUUGGUGAGGAGGCGCCGAUCUCGGCUGUAGGGGGUAGGCAAGAGGGUUCGCAUGAGCGGGCUUCUAGUUUUCAUAGUGGGAGUCGGAGUGGGGUUAGGAUUGUUGGGAAUGCGCCGCUGACUUUGUUUGAGGAGGAUGAGGAGGAGGAUGGGAUUGAUGAGCGGUUGUUUGGACGGUAUCUUGAUGGGACACAUUGUUUUGAUCAGAUUUGUACGGAGUUGGAGAUCAGUGAGCGGGAGUUGACCGGAAGGUUGAAGAGGUUUCCAGGAGAGGUUGUUAUUAUUCAUCGGUGA